AUGCCUGGUCGCCGUUGUGUUGUUCAAGACUGUGGAAACGUAAAGAACGAUGAGUUGGGAAUUUCGAUUCAUAAUUCUCCUGCUUCGGGCAGCGUUAUGUUGAAGUGGAAAAGUUUUGUGUCCAUGCACGGGAAGAAUUUCAACCCAAUGGGAAAAUUUGCUGUUUGCUCGGAGCAUUUUACAAGGGAUUGUUUUACGCUUGCAUUUCCAAUGAAAGGCAUGAAAAGGAAUGUGAAGAAGGGGACGUUUCCAACCAUUUGGAAAAAAUCUUCUGCAACACUAUCAAAGCGGAGUCGACGAUCGGUGAGUGGAAUUACAUAUUUAAUUUCCUCAUUUACCUGUGACAUAAUUUUUUCUGGCAUCGUUUUUCAUGAUAUUCGUUCAAUGGAUGCUAUGACUAUUUGGACUUUCCAUAUUCAUACAUGUGUUUUCAUACUUUUCUGCUUUCUUCUCAUAGUUAAAGUAAAACGGGCAUUUGCGCAAAAAUGGGUAUUUCCACACAGUUGACGUGAAGUCAAUUUCCAGGGAUCAAUUUCUAGACAUUAAUUUCCACUCAGGCGUAAAAUUUAGAAAAAGUGAAGCUACAAAGAAAUCUGGCUCUCUAUUUUUUGAGAGAUUAUUUUUGUGUUACUUUGAGAUUUGACAGUACUCCAAACUUCCCUCCAAAAAAUUUUACAACAACUUUAAGUAUUACACGCGAGUCUUUUCUAUGAAAGGCCAAAAAUGGACUUAGUCUGAUUUAUGCAUUCUAUAAGCUCAGUUACUGCUUGCUGUUUUUUCGUUUUCGUUUGUAUUUUAUUUCUGUGUUCACUGUCUGUCAAAUAGAAAAAGCUGUUCAGUUUCACUGCUCGAAUAUGUAUCAAACCGAUCGGUUUUUUUCUUAAUUUAUUUUGUUGUCUUGGCAGCUUGUAAAGGAAAUCUUGGAAGAAUACGACCAAAAUAUACAAAAUGAGACAAAUUCUGAGGUGGAGGAUGAAGACGUUGAGGUGGAAAUAGCAGAAGGUGAUCAGGCGGACGAUGAAGAUGUUGAGGUGGAAGUUGCAGAAGGUGAUCAGGCGGACGAUGAAGACGUUGAGGUGGAAAUAGCAGAAGGUGAUCAGGCGGACGAUGAAGAUGUUGAGGUGGAAGUCGCAGAAGGUGAUCAGGCGAACGAUGAAGAUGUUGAGGUAGAAGUUGCAGAAGGUGAUCAGACGAACGAUAAAGACGUUGAGGUGGAAGUUGGAGAAGGUGAUCAGGCGAACAAUAAAGAUGUUGAGGUGGAAGUUAAAGAGAAUGUUGAGGCGGAGGUUCAAGAGGAUGUUGAGCUGGAGAUUGAUCAAGUAGAGGUAGGUACAGUGUUAUUAAAAAGAACACUUUUGACGUGAGCUUUCAAUUAGAAAAUAAUUGUGAAAGCUUAUUUUUCUUUUCUUUUCUUUUUUUUUUUUUCUUUUUUAGACAAAUGAACAAUGUGCAACAUGCAAUACCCUCAAAAGUGAAAUAAGUCAAUUGAAAGGAAAAGUAACUAGACUGAACAGAAAACUGACCACCAACCAGGAUCAUUGGGUGAAAACAUUCCAACAAAUUCAUGGACAAAAUAGGCUGCUGAUGGUUGAUACAGGUAAGACUGCUUACCUGUUACAAUAAUAUUAGGUAGUGGUUUUGAAAAAAAGUGACAACAUUGUGGAUUACCAAUAACCAUUUCAAGUCUACAGUAAUGUUUCAAACUUAUAAAGUAAAUUAAAUACUCAAGAAACUUUCUCUUCAAUUGCACAGUAAGAUUACAACAAUCAUCAUUAGAUAGUUUUACCAACAACUUUUUUUUUAAGUUGAGGUAGUAGUAAUUUCCUGUUAUUAUGAUUCAGCUGUCCAAACUGACCCAGAAGUGGUCUCUGACAAUGCCGAGUGUGAAGAGGAAACUGAGGAGGAUAUGGAGUUAAAUGAUGAAGAUGAGGGAGACAACAGCAACGAUAAUGAGGACCCCAUAUGGACCCCUGAGGAGAUUGACAGGGAGUACCAAAAACUGAAAAAUGAAGAUGACAGUCAAAAGACUCAUGACAACCCAAGGUUAACAAAUAAUACUGUUCUUUCACUUUGUUAUACUGAGUGGUGCCCAGAACUAUUAUAAAAACUAAUUUAAAGGCAAGAUUUAAAAUGGUCAACAACAAUAACUGUAAUAAUCCUUUCAACUGGUCUUCUUUAUUUACUAUCUUUUUUAGACUUGACCUAAAAGGCAAAAAUGUACGGGAGGAGCCAAAGGGAAUAGUCUUUCUCUCAAAAUUGAUGCUGCUGUUCGAGUUCUGUCACUUGUGCCUCUUCCCAAACCCUAAGGUGGCUGUUACCCAGACUGGAACAAUGCUGAGCAUUGUAACUGAGUGCAGCAAGUGUGGUGAGACAUACACCUGGAAAAGCCAACCUGAUCUGAUGGGGAGGUUUCCAGCUGGAAAUCUGUUGCUGAGUUUUGCUGUUCUGUGUGCUGGAGCCUCUAUCAGAAAGGUGCUCUUGGUGUUUCGGCACAUGGGUGUGUUGGCUUUUCAUGAGCCGACGUACUAUUAUCACCAGAGACAUCUCCUCAUACCAUCUAUUGUGGCAUUCUGGAAAAAAUAUCAAAGCAAAUUAUUGGAACAGUUGAGAAACAAAGAGGUGGUAUUGGCUGGAAAUGGACGUCACGAUAGUAUGGGCCACUCAGCCAAAUACGGCACUUACACAAUGUUCUGUUGUACUAUAGGACUUAUCAUCCAUAUAGUCCUUGUGCAAGUAUGUAUGUUACUUUGCCUUCCAUUCGUUUGAUCGUCACUUAUGGUCAAUUCCAUAUUAAGACAUCAGAUUUUACUCCACUAUGUGAAUUGGAUAUUUUGUUGCUGUUUCAAAAAACUGCAUUUUCAUGUAUUUGCCUUGGAUAGUUUUAUAUAAUUUUCUUCCUUAAACAUUUAAAAUUGGAGUUUUUAAUCUUGACAAUUGUAGAAUUUUGAUUGCUUUCUUGUCAAUUUCAUCUACCCAAGGUUAAAAUGUCUAUGAUAACUGUGCAAUGCCUUGCAUGAUUCUAUGCUAAAAAAUUCUACAGUCAACCUGGGGAUAUUUUUAGUGUUUGAUCUUGACCAUUGUUUAGAUGGCAUGUUUUUUCUCCUUUAAUACUUUCAGGCUAACCAGGCGGGUAACAGUUCAGGUAUGGAGUUUCUGGCUUUCCAAAAGGCUUUUACAUUUCUUCUGGGGACUGGGAUGAUCAUCAAAUCAUUUAUAUCAGACCGCCAUACGUCAAUCGCAAAAUGGAUGAGGGAAGACUGUGCUGCAAAGUGUAAUGAGCUGGGAAAACCAGUUGUGAAACAUUUCUUCGACUUGUGGCAUAUUGCAAAAAGUAAGCAUUCUUUAUACUGAAUCAAUGACCACAUGCCAGUAAACAGAAAAAAAAAAUGUAUCUCUCAUCAUCCAAUUGCUAUGAACAGUUUGAUUACUACUGGUUAAUUUUUCUUGUAGUCUGUGGACUUACAAUAACAAAUUGUUUGUUUUAGAGUCUUAUGGGUGGACAUUUUCUUUUCUAAAUAAACCAAAUAACAAAUCAGAAACUUGCUGAGAAUACUCCUAUGUAUAGAUGUUCUAAGUCAAAAUUAAAUUCAGGUUAAUAUUUUUACCUAGGUUGAUUCACAUGUCCUUUGUCUCCUAGCCCAAAUAAUAAUAUCAUUCAUGAAUUAGGGCUAGGAGACCAGGGAAACUGGGAUUCAGCCGGGGUAAUAAAUUUUAACCUGAAAACAAUUUUGACCAGUAACGUACGUAUCUUUCAGAAAUUCAGAAGGUGCUGACAAAACUCAGUAAGGAAAAGGGAUGUGAAAUUAUUGGAAGAUGGCGGAAAGCCUGUGUAUGUCACUUUUACUGGGCAGUCACCUCAACUCAAGAGCAUCUUGGAGAACUUAAACUGGCAAAAUUCCAGGCAUUUCUGUCUCAUGUGAUCAACAAACACAGAAAUUUGCCCAAUCGGCUAUUUAAUGCUUGUGCCCACGGUGAAAUUGCUACCCCUCGUGUUUGGAUGACGAAAGGUACAAAAACACGUUGCAAUGUACUGUUGUUAUGUUAUUCCUAAAACAAACCAAUCAAAAACUGUUUUUGGUACUGGCACUACAAGUAACUAUUAUAUUCAUUUUAUCUUAUGUUUUAGCAUCAGAGGCAUAUGAGAAGCUAUGCACUGAACUAGGAAAGACAAGCCUCAUCAAGGCUAUCAAACAGGCAUCUUCUGUAGAGCAGACAAGUGCCCUUGAGGGUUAUCAUUCAGUAGUGAAUCAGUUUGCCCCAAAGAUGUUUGCUUUCUCUUAUCUUGGAUUACUUAGCAGGUACAAGUGCAUAAAUAUUUGUUAUAUUGUCAUGGUGUGACUGACUUAUAAUUCACAUUCCUAGUAAUGAGAUAUCUGAUCAUACUGGACUUUACUCUCUUUCUCUCUCUUUUAUUUUACAGAACAAUACUAGCGGCACUGCAUUUUAAUUAUAAUCUGAAUAGAGACAGCAAAACUGAUGGUCAAGGGAGGCCUGUGCUUUAUGUGACUUACCCUAAAUUCAAGGAAGGAGAGGCUACAGUUAGGGAAGCUAAAGUCUCAGCAAAUUAUGGUAGUUAUUGAUCAGUCUCUACGUGAAUAAGUUCAAUCAGACUCUCUCUAUUAGGGAAUUUGCAUUAUAUGCUUGUUUGUUUUUUUGUUAGAUUAUGUUGCAGAUAUCUUUGAAACUCUAACCACUACCUCAAAGGCAGACCUGAAGUCAAUGGCAGAAGAACUUAAGGAUGAAGUUCCUGAACCUCUGCAUACAAUGUUGGCUGAAAAGGAAAGUAGGGAGGAGGCCAUAGCUAAAUACAGACAGAGAAAAGAGAAAGUGACAACCAUUUGUCCUCCAACUUGUUCAGGUAUGAGUUCAAAACAUGAAAACUAAGAAAAUGGCAAGGGAAAAGAAAACAUGACUCACUUCUACUGUAUCUCUACGUAUACAUGUAGGAACAGAACUGAGAUUAAACAAAUAAGUUUCUAAUAUUUCUGCAUUGGCUUUGAUUUGCUGUGACAGAGGAAGAACUUCAUCCACCAAAUGAGAGGGCAGUAACACGCAGAAGAGCUUCCCAUUGUUCAAAAUGUGGAAAACCACGACGAGGCCAUAAAAGGGGACAAUGUGAAUGA